UUGACAGGUGUGCACAGAGAGGUGCAACUUUAAUAGGAAGCAAAGCAGAAUUCAAUCAACACACGCAGCUCGCUCUCAUUUAUGUCAUCAAUUGCCGAAAACCUUAGCUAAAUCUGAAUAAUCAAUCAAUCAAUUGAAGAAAAGAGAGAGAGAAAAUGUACGUGGAUCACGCGUUUUCGAUUUCAGAUGAGGACAUAAUGAUGGAUGCAGCGUACACGGUGAGCAACAAGGCACCCAUGAAGGAGAUCGCCCUCGCCGUUUCCCUUCUCGUCUUUGGAACCCUAGCUAUCAUUAUCGGCUCCCUCAUGGCCUACAAUCACGUCGGCGGCGACACCACUCACGGUCUGUUCUUUGCGAUACUGGGAACACUCUUGUUCAUUCCGGGUUUCUACUAUACGCGCUUUGCCUAUUGUGCUUACAAGGGAUACAAAGACUUCUCUUUCUCUAACAUACCUCCCGUAUAGCCUAUGCUCAACUACCACCUUUAUUUAUGUAUAGAACAUCCUUUUUUUUUUUUUUUUUAUUUUGCCUCACAAGUGACAACUAAUGUAUAUUUGAUAUUGCUUGCAUUGCUCUAAACUGGUAUAGUAUAUUUAUUACUGCUAAGAUUUUGUUUUCUUUUCUUCUAUAGAAUCAAUCUUCUUGCUCUGAAA